AUGGCCAACCCCGAUGAACUCCGUCAGAAGUACUUUACUUUCAUAGCGCCUUCGUAUUCCCACCUCACCGGUAACACAACCCGCGACAACUUUGCCUCUGUUCUCUCUCAGCGUGACCUAAACAUCACCUCAGCAUCGGUUGUCCACGACAAUGCUGCAGGUCCAGGCACAGCCACAUCUGCCUUGAUACCAUGGGCUGAAUCACGCGGUCUCAGCCCCAAGAUAGUAGUCACAGACUAUAUCCCGGGCAUGAUCCAGGCGUUCGAGAAGCUCAAGUCCAGCCAUACGGACAGCAAGCUUUGGCAGAGCACUGAGGGCAAGGUUGUCAAUUCACUUGACCUUUCUGAGUUCCCGGAUGGGCACUUCACUCACACGAUCGACAACUUCAGCGUCUCAACUUUCGGUAAUAAGGAGCAGCAGGAGCAAGGUCUGCGGGAAGUCUACAGAACUCUAGGUGAAGGGGGUUUGGCGGUGUUUCUGACCUGGAAGCGCUUUCCCGUUGCGGAGUUCAUAGAGCAGGCACAGGCAGAGAUCAAGGGCGAGGAGUGGGCUGGGGAGCAUCGGGUUCCUGUCAACGGAGCGGAGUUCUUCCAGGAAGGUUAUCUCGCAAAGCUGGCGGUUCAGGCUGGUUGGAACAAGGACAACGUCCAGACCACCACUACCAGCUCUUUACUCAAAGAAGGCGAAGAUGAGGAGGGGCUGUUCAAGUUCCUCCAAAGUAGUCCACCGGCCAUGCUUGCCAAGCGGGGUUUGACGGAGGAGGAGAGUGCCAAAUGGCCCGAGGCGAUCAAGCACGCAAUUCAAAAGGAGAAGGAGUCGCACGGCGGUAUCCUCACUGAGUCCUGGGUUGUCUUGGCGAAGAAGUAA